GACGCAGAGCUUAUAUUUCUCUGGUGACGUGGGAAUAUCCUUUUCUCGAUCAUCCAGGUUUUUUACCCCAUAACUACGGUACCUGGCGUAGAACAACGUUUUUAUCUUGGGCCGAGGUCAAGAUUUUUGACAGCAGAUUUUGUUGUCCCGUCGUGUUGGCAACUCGUUCUGUUAAACUAAAUUCUGCAGUAAGUGUUAUACUCGGCGUGCUCGCCGCGAUCUCGAGCCACGUCACAGAUUUGUUUUUGACCGAGUGUUUUUUGGCAUGAGGUGAAAAGCCAUCCGAUUUGGGUGUAAUACGCCGAACCUCGUUGUGUUAUAAGAAAAGGAGACUGUUGUAGAUCUACCCAUUUUUACGAUGAAUAUCUUCCGGUUCCUCGGGGAUACGUCCCACUUGGUUGCCAUUGUUGUUUUGCUGCUGAAGAUCUGGAAAACCCGAUCUUGCGCCGGGAUUUCCGGGAAGAGCCAGAUCUUGUUUGCGCUGGUAUACACAACACGGUACCUGGAUCUGUUCUUCUCCUUCGUCUCAGUGUAUAACUCGGCUAUGAAAAUAUUUUUCCUGGUGUCUUCCUUUGCUACGGUCUAUCUGAUCUACAUCAAAUUCAAGGCAACAUACGAUUACAACCAUGAUACCUUCCGCGUGGAAUUUCUCCUGAUACCAUGCUUGGUGUUGUCCUUGUUGAUUAAUCACGAUUACAGUCCGGUCGAGCUGCUCUGGACUUUCUCCAUUUAUUUGGAAUCGGUAGCUAUUCUGCCUCAGCUGUUUAUGGUGAGCAAAACCGGAGAAGCGGAGACCAUUACGAGCCAUUAUCUGUUCGCGCUGGGUUCUUACCGCGCUUUCUACAUUCUCAACUGGAUCUACCGCUAUUAUGCUGAGGACUUCUUCGAUGGAAUUGCCGUGGUGGCUGGCAUUAUUCAGACUGUUUUGUAUGCGGACUUCUUCUAUCUCUACGUUACCAAAGUGCUGAAAGGCAAAGAAUUCAAGUUGCCAGCAUAAAGUUGCAGUUUAAUUUUUUACACUUGGCUAUCUGAUCCGUUUAUCGACGAACAUUGAGUUGGUAUUUCGGGAGCAUUGCCGGUCUGAAGCAUUCGUGCAUAUUCGAAAGCGCCAUUUGUUUUGUUUGGUUGCGCACUGCAUACAAUUGCUUUGCUUGUACUUUGUGAAAUUUUAAUAACUGAUACGCAAGCUUUUGACACCCAGAUAACGCUAUACUGUUGGUAUAUUAUACGUUUUGAUUAAAUAAAAAUUCAUUCGAGUGUAA